AUUCAAUUGUUGAUUGGUCAAUAACAAUAAUUUUUUGACCAAUAAAAAUUAAUGUUUCUUGAUUGUUUAAAACAUGUGCAGUCAAUCGGCGCAUUGAAUAAGUUAAAAACCAUAUCGGCCAUUUUGUUAUUAUUUUCGAAAAUCAUUAGAGGUUAGAAUUUUUUUAGCGGGCCAAGCGAUACGUACCCUGGUGCGUUGUCUUGUAAAAGUUAAUGAUUAUCACCACGUUUUUGUUUAAAACAAUAAAAACAUUGAUUAAAUAAUCAUAAACAAUAUUUGUGUCCAGAUAAAAAGAUAAUUAAAUAAACAACUGUGAGAUUGGAGAGUCAAUAAUUGCAGUUGUCUCAAUUGUCAGUUGUAUUGGAUUGAUAAAUUAAAGAUAUAAAAAAAAAAAAUAAUGGCUACUCUAGCAGAGCAAGCUGCAAGGCUUUUGGAUUUUAAUCAAAAAUUGGAUAUAACACUUUUGGAUAACAUUGUAAUAUGCAUGUACACUGGAAUUGGUGAUCAGCAAAGAGUGGCACAAGAAGUUUUAACUAAUCUCAAGGAACAUCCAGAUGCUUGGACAAGAGUUGAUACAAUAUUGGAGUAUUCUCAAAAUCAACAAACAAAGUACUAUGCACUUCAAAUAUUGGAACAAGUUAUUAAAACAAAAUGGAAAGUAUUGCCUCGAAAUCAAUGUGAAGGAAUAAAAAAAUAUAUUGUUGGUCUUAUUAUUAAAACAAGUAGUACACCAGAAACAAUGGAAAGUCAAAAGGUUUAUUUAAAUAAAUUAAAUAUGAUACUUGUACAAGUAUUAAAAAGAGAAUGGCCAAAAAAUUGGGAAACAUUUAUAAGUGAUAUUGUUGGUGCAAGUAAAACAAAUGAAAGUCUUUGUCAAAAUAAUAUGGCAAUAUUAAAAUUAUUAUCAGAAGAAGUAUUUGAUUUUUCAACUGGUCAAAUGACACAAACAAAAGCUAAACAUUUAAAGGAUACAAUGUGUAGUGAAUUUUCACAAAUAUUUCAAUUGUGUCAAUUUGUUAUGGAAAAUUCACCAAAUGUACCACUUGUUGCUGUAACACUUGAGACAUUAUUGAGAUUUUUAAAUUGGAUACCACUUGGUUAUAUAUUUGAGACAAAAUUAAUAACAACAUUGAUAUUUAAAUUUUUAAAUGUACCAAUAUUUAGAAAUGUAACAUUAAAAUGUUUAACUGAAAUAGCAGCUGUAACAGUUACAAAUUAUGAUGAUAUGUUUAUAUUAUUAUUUGCAAAUACAAUGCAACAGUUGGAAAAUAUGUUGCCAUUAGAUACAAAUAUACGUGAUGCAUAUGCAUAUGGACAAGAUGAAGAACAAAAUUUUAUUCAAAAUCUUGCAAUGUUUUUGUGUACUUAUUUAAAAGAACAUGGACAAUUAGUUGAAAAAAAACAAUUAAAUGAUACAUUAUUAAAAGCAUUACAUUAUCUUGUACUUAUAUCAGAAGUUGAAGAAGUUGAAAUAUUUAAAAUAUGUCUUGAAUAUUGGAAUGGUUUAUGUGCUGAUUUAUAUAAAGAAAAUCCAUUUAUGGUAUCAUCACCAUUAUAUAUAGCUAAAAAUAAUCAAUUAAUACCACAACGUAAAGCAUUUUAUUGUCCAGUAUUGACUAAAGUACGUUAUAUAUUAAUAAGUAGAAUGGCUAAACCAGAAGAGGUACUUGUUGUUGAAAAUGAAAAUGGUGAAGUUGUACGUGAAUUUAUGAAAGAUACUGAUUCAAUUAAUUUAUAUAGAAAUAUGCGUGAAACAUUGGUUUAUUUAACACAUCUUGAUUAUAAUGAUACAGAAAAAGUUAUGACUGAAAAAUUACAAAAUCAAGUUAAUGGACGUGAAUGGUCAUGGAAAAAUUUAAAUACAUUAUGUUGGGCAAUUGGUAGUAUAUCUGGUGCAAUGCAUGAAGAAGAUGAAAAACGUUUUUUGGUAACAGUUAUUAAAGAAUUACUUGGUUUAUGUGAACAAAAAAAAGGUAAAGAUAAUAAAGCAAUAAUUGCUAGUAAUAUUAUGUAUGUUGUUGGACAAUAUCCACGUUUUUUACGUGCACAUUGGAAAUUUUUAAAAACAGUUGUCAAUAAAUUAUUUGAAUUUAUGCAUGAAACACAUGAUGGUGUACAAGAUAUGGCAUGUGAUACAUUUAUUAAAAUUGCAAUGAAAUGUCGUCGUCAUUUUGUAACAGUACAAAUGGGUGAAACAGUACCAUUUAUUGAAGAAAUAUUAUCAACAAUAAGUAGUAUUAUAUGUGAUUUACAAACUCAACAAGUACAUACAUUUUAUGAAGCUGUUGGUCAUAUGAUUAGUGCACAAAUUAAUGAUUUAGCACAAAAAGAAAGAAUUGAACGUUAUAUGGUAUUACCAAAUCGUGUAUGGGAUGAUAUUAUAUCACAAGCAUCUAAAAAUGUUGAUGUAUUAAAAGAUCAAGAAGCUGUUAAACAAUUAGCAAGUAUAUUAAAAACAAAUGUACGUGCAUGUAAAGCACUUGGACAUCCAUAUGUUAUGCAAUUAGGAAGAAUAUAUUUAGACAUGUUAAAUGUUUAUAAAGUUAUGAGUGAAAAUAUAAGUGCUGCAAUUGCUGUUAAUGGUGAAAUUGUUAUGAAACAACCAUUAAUUAAAAGUAUGAGAGUUGUUAAAAAAGAAACACUUAAAUUAAUAUCUGAUUUUGUUAGUAAAUCAACUGAUCAUCAAAUGGUACUUGAAAAUUUUAUACCACCAUUAUUAGAUGCUGUAUUAUUGGAUUAUCAAAAAACAAAUGUACCAUGUGCUAGAGAACCAGAAGUAUUAUCAACAAUGGCAACAAUUGUUAAUAAACUUGAAGGACAUAUUACAAGUGAAGUACCUAAAAUAUUUGAUGCUGUAUUUGAAUGUACACUUGAAAUGAUUAACAAAGAUUUUGAAGAAUUUCCAGAACAUAGAACUAAUUUUUUCUUAUUAUUACAAGCUGUUAAUGUACAUUGUUUUCCAGCAUUUUUAUCAAUACCACCAGCACAAUUUAAACUUGUACUUGAUUCAAUUGUAUGGGCAUUUAAACAUACUAUGAGAAAUGUUGCUGAUACUGGAUUACAAAUAUUAUAUCAAUUAUUACAAAAUAUUGCACAACAUGAACAAGCUGCACAAAGUUUUUAUCAAACAUAUUUUACUGAUAUAUUACAGCAUAUAUUUUCAGUUGUUACUGAUACAUCACAUACUGCUGGUUUAACAAUGCAUGCAACAAUAUUAGCAUACAUGUUUACACUUGUUGAACAAGAUAAAAUACUUGUUCCACUUGGAGCAUUACAAGAUAAUCGUCUUUAUGUACAAGAAUUUGUUGCUAGAUUAUUAAAAGCUGCAUUCCCACAUUUAACUGAUAAUCAAAUUAAAAUUACUGUACAGGGAUUAUUUAAUCUUGAUCAAGAUAUACCAGCAUUUAAAGAACAUUUACGAGAUUUUCUUGUUCAAAUUAGGGAAUUUACUGGCGAGGAUGAUUCUGAUCUUUAUUUGGAAGAACGUGAAUUAGCAUUAAGAACAGCUCAAGAAGAAAAAAGAAAACAACAAAUGGCUGUUCCAGGUAUUCUCAAUCCUCAUGAAAUUCCAGAAGAUAUGCAGGACUGAGUAAUCCAUGUGGAUAUGUACCUCAUUUAAUAACACAAUCACCACACAACAAUAACACAUAAAAAAACAAAAAAAAUGAAUAAACUCUCGUCGUGUCCCUUCUCAUCAUCAUCAUCAUCCUGUUAUUUUUCUUCUUUAUAUUCAUCGCCAAUAUUGCCAUCAUCGCUUGUGUCCUUGUCAUUGUUUUUUUUUUUUUUUUUUUCUCCAAAAUCAACAAUCAAUCAUUUAUCAUUAUUAUCAUUACUAUUAUCAUAGGCUUUUUUUUUUUUCAUUCAAAUUUUACAUACGUGACCGUAUUGUCUUUUGAUAUAUAAAAAAAAAUAAUAAUACUGCUGUUAAUAAAUUGUGUGUGUGUGCGUGUGUAAGUAAGUGUGUGUGUAUUUAUCUUCCUGACAUUAUUGUCUGUGAACAAUUCAUCACUAGCAUUAGCUUAAAUUGGACUAGAUAAUAA